UAGCGCACCCACCGCCGAGGCUCCACAGCACCUUCGGGCGUCAGACGGAUUAGGCAAAUCGGUGUAGCUGAUCUCACGCAACCCGCUAUUGGUGGCUCUGACCUGUCGCUGUCAAACCGCCUGGCUAAAUCCAAUUAAGUGUUUAAAGGCGAGAAGCUAAGAAUAGCGCCAAUUACAGUAAAAAGUUUCAGAUCCUCAGCGUGGUGCUGCUGCUGCUGCUGCUGGUGGUGGUCAUAGAGCAGAUGAAUGGGGCACCAUGUAUAGUUCAUGUCACUGAUGAAUUGCCUGCCUGAGAGGAGCUGCCUUCACUGAGAGGACGUCAAUACAGCGAUGCCAUGAUCAGGAGGAUUAUUUUGGAUCCGUGGAGGGAGCACUGAAGAUAAAACACAGGAUCGGACACAGGUUACAUUUGGUACCAGGAAUGUGUGCAGGAUGAGCAGCACAUUUGUCACAUUAGCUGAGGUACUGGAGGCACGAGGGGGACCUCUGCUGGAGGAGGAGGUCUGGUCCCUGCUGCUGGGCACUGCAGAGUCUUUAGUGGAUGUCUCCUAUAAGGGCCACAACAAUAUGUGUAACAUCAUAAGCCCCACCUCCUUGCUGCUGUCAGCCACUGGUACCUUAGCAUUUAAGAACUGCGGCCUAUCAGACGACGUGUCCACCUUCACUGCUCCGGAGAUGCUGCAGGGCCGUGCCAGCUCAACCAAACCUGCCAUAGAGAGGAUGCUGGUGUAUUCACUGGGAAUGACUCUCUACUGGUCAGUUGAUUUUCAUCUACCUCAAAAUCAGCCAGUCCAGUUGAGUGACCAUCUGAACAGCCUCCUCCUCAGCAUGUGUGAGGACCUGGCCCACCGCAGGGUCAAUCUCAACUCUAUCCUGGAAGCCUGCGAAUCUCAGCACAAAGCCUCCGUCCUGCCGUCGCCCACCAAAGUCAUCCGACUGCUGGUGGAGGAGGUUUUUCAUGAAUCAAUGGACCAUGGAGGCUCUUUGCCAGACAGCAAUGUCCCUUUGAGUGGCAGGAGCCAGAUGAUCAGAGAGAGACUUCAUGGGAAGAGAGGGCCAUAUUCAGACGUCAGCGAGGGCAGUCCGGAAGGGAGAAGAUACUCGACAGACUCUGACUCAAAGUCAGGGAGUUUAUCUCAGAGACCUUGGAGACAAAGACCAAGGAGCUCUCCCACACCAUUGUACCAAUCCUCUUUUGACAGACUCCCUCGCGGGGUUCGCCACAGGGACAGUAACAGCAGUUGGCUUGGAAGGAGCCCCCACCAUGACGUCUCUCCCAAAAUAUCAGGCAGAUCUCACAGUCCCUCCAUCACCUUCAGUGAAUCCUCACUCAGCCUGAGCCAGAGGAAAGCCAAGGCUUUGGGUCCUGAAUUCGUAAGAAUGGCAGAUGAGCAACAAACUGUUCUCGAGCUUCCAGGAUCCAUUGUGUCCAGAAAGGGCCGUUCAUGUUCGUCUCAGAGAGAGGUGACUGUGGUGCUGCCUAAUGGACAGUACGUGGUGGUCCGCUGUGACAUUAAGUCCAAAGCAAGAGAUGUGUUUGACAUGGUGGUGGCUCAUGCAAACUUGGUGGAGCACUUCUACUUUGGUCUUGCCUUCCUAGAUGAUGAUGAAUAUUUCUUUUUGGACCAUGAAACAAAAAUCUCCAAAGUUGCACCAGACAGUUGGAAAAAAGGGCAGAUAUCCUCCUUUUUGGUGUUUCUUCGCGUGAAAUUUUUUGUUGAUGACAUUUCCUUCGUUUUGCACAGACUGACUCGGCACCAGUACUACUUACAGCUGCGUAAGGAUAUCAUGGAGGACAGGCUUUACUGCAACGAGGAGACAGGCUUGUUCCUCGCUGCUCUCGCUCUGCAGGCGGAGUUUGGGGAAUACAUGUCAGAGUUGUAUGGCAAGAAUUAUUACCAGCCAGAGCAUUAUGUGUCCACGAGAAUGCUGGAGAAGCUGGCCCUGCCCAGUGUCAAGGAGGAGUUGCCAAGACUACAUGCAAGUCAUGCCCAGAUGCUGCCCGAAGAGGCAGAAACAGAGUAUCUAAAGAUUGCCCAGCAGUUACCUGAGUAUGGGGUUAUGUUCCACCGAGUGGGGAGAGAGAAAAGGCCAUUGGUGGGAGAGCUGGUGCUGGGCAUCUGUGUCAAAGGAAUCAUUGUGUACGAGACGAAGAACCACAUGCGCACGGUCAUCAGGCGUUUUCUCUGGAGGGAAACUGACUCCAUAUCCACUGGGCGGCGUAAACUGAUAAUCGAGUGCGGUGGGCCCAGUGGGAAAAAGCACAGUUUUAUAACAGAGAGCUCAAAAAUAGCACAGUACCUCCUGAACCUUUGCUCGGCACAGCACAAGUUUCACAGCGAGAUGACGUCACGACAACUUAACCAUACCAUGAUACCAGAUGAACAUUUAGACAAGUACAUGUCUGUCUACCGGGGUCGUAACUUGAACCUGAAGCAGAUGUCCUGCUCGGAGGGCAUGUUGAACCAUGUAGGCCUGACACCUGGUCAACCAGACCUCUCCAAGUCCUGUGACGACCUGACAGCCAAGCUGGAGGCUCGACUCCGCCAGCAGAGAGAGAUGAGGAGAGAGAUGAGCAGAGAGCUGAACAAAGAGCCCCUGGAAACAGGAGAGCUCAGGGAGAUGAAGGAUCAACAGUGUUGGAGCGCUCCAGAGCCGAUUCCCAGAAUGAUGUCCAGUGUUUCUCUACAGAAGCAAGACUCUGAUGCCUCUUCCUCCGUACGAGUUGAUACACCAACCAGGACCCCACCAGAGAGAGAGAUAGUCUGUGUGACCCUGAAGAAAGAUCCCAAACUGGGCUUCGGCUUUGUGAUCGUGGGAGAGGACAAUACGGGUAAACUUGACCUUGGGAUCUUCAUAGCUUCCAUUGUACCUGAUGGGCCUGCGGACAGAGAUGGACGAAUCAAACACGGUGGACGUCUCAUCUCUCUUAACAAGACUAGUUUGGAGGGAGUGACAUUCAGUGAUGCUGCUGCCAUCUUACAAAACAGCCCUGAAGAGGUGGAGCUCAUUGUGUCCCAGCCUAAACGUAAGUUCUGCUCAGCGCUGCAUGCACUGUCUGAAAAGUCUAGUUAUGCUAACAUUCAAACUCUGAGAGACCUAAGGAGUUCCUUGAGUCAAAGUACAAUGGGUUUGUCUUUGGAGAAGAGCUUUGGGUCACAGACCACACUGAGCGGCACAGAGUACCGUCCGGCCAUGGAGGAACUAGAGGAGGCCAUCAGUCUGUCCAACAUGGCGACCCCGAAGCAGAACAGGAGACUUCACAUUCCUGUCGUGAGAAUACACGACGCACAGGAUGUGUGUUCCAGGUCUCCCUCAAUCAUUAGUCUGAAAACCAGCGAGCGGUUCAUAGUGGAGCUAAUGAAAAGCAGUGGCAGUCUCGGCAUCAGCGUUGCAGGAGGAAUAAACACCAACGUGCGUUAUGGAGGCAUCUACAUCAAGAGUCUGGUGCCAGGGGGCGCUGCAGAGCAGGACGGACGCAUUCAGAUUGGUGACAGACUGCUGGAGGUUGACGGAGCCAACCUGAGGGGCGUGAGUCACCAUCAAGCUGUCGAGUGCCUUAAGAGGACUGGGGAGGUGGUAAACCUGCUGUUGGAGAGGGAGCCCACAGUAAUCUUGGAGCCCAGACCUGACUCACCCUGCCCCCCAUUAGUCCACAGUCCGUCACACACGCAGCCCCCCAGGACCGAGGUCUCCGUGGAAACGACCUUGAGUGGUCGAGCCAAGGACUACAGCUUUGUGACGGAUGAAAACACACAUGAAGUUGUGUUAAAGAAGAGCCUCUCCGGCCUCGGCUUCAGCUUUUACAUCUCACAGCUUAAAUCGGGGCAAGACCGAGGCAGCGUCGUCCGCAUCAAGCGCCUGUUCCCGGGUCAGCCGGCGCUGGAGAGUGGCCUGCUGCGAGAGGGGGACGUCAUUUUGUCCGUCAACAGGGAGCCUGUAAAGGACCUCUCUUACCAGAGGGUUUUGUUCUUGUUGCGUGGAGCUCCGUCUGAAGUUCAUCUGCUAAUUUGUCGACCAGGUCCUGGAUUGCUAUAUGAUGUAGAUGGCAACACACUGAGUCCUGCGUCCACCCGAGAGGCUCGAUCCCACUCUCUGGAUAUCCGACUAGGAGAGGACUACAGCCAGCUCCUGAAGUUUCAGUAUGACGUCAACAUAGCUGUCCAGAAACAAGUCCCCACCCAGGAAGAAGAUGUAACCAUUACUGCAGAGAAAAACCCAGAGCCUCCAGCAGCUCCAGCACUCCCGGAGAGUCUGGACUGUGAAGUGCAAGUCAACCAGACCCCUCCAUCACCUCCUCGCUUACCCCCAUCACCCACGUCGCCUCCGUCACCAGUCUCACCAGCCUCACCGGCAUCGCCUACCUCGCCUGCCUCACAUACCUCUGGCUCUCCACCAGCUCCAACAGAGUCGCGACUGACCACUAGGAAUCCAGAGGAACAACAGGAAGCGGACAGAAAGGAGAAGAGAAAGGACGACGGAGAGGAGGUUGCAACAACUUCAAGUUCAACUGUGAUACUCAUGGACGUCUGUCCCAAGACUGCUUCAAACUCUGUGUAUGCCAGUGGAGUCAGAGAGGAGGCGGAUGGAAGUGUGACCUACUGCCUCGUGGGAAAUGGGCUGACGAUCAUGGCAGAUGAAGAGUACCUGACCAUUAGCUCCACCCUGGAGCCUCCUCAUAGCUUUCCCUCCGGCCUGGCCAUUCAGACCCCAACAACCAACCUAACAGGCUCUCAAACUUCCAACAGCUCGUCAGGUUUCAGCUCUCAGAAUCCAAACCUCAGCCCCCACGUCUCAGCCGCCACCAUCCCACCCCUCGGACUCUCAGCUGACACCCCGACCACCUUCACACUUUCCCACCCAUCCCAGCCACUCACAACGCAGCCGCCGAAAGCCAAGCAUCACCCGAUCCAGCAGGGGCUCCUUCCAAGUCACUACAAAGCCUUUUCCGAGAACAGCAGGCCUGUGGUGCCUCCACCCCUGCCUCCUGCUCCAACACAGACCCCAAUUACAGCCCAGAUCAUCCCCUCUGUGCCUCACUGCGUCAGUCCGCCUGCCCAGACGCUGCCACCAACAGUCCUGCCUGCUCCUGCCCAGAGCCACAUGCAGCUGAGGGAAGAGCCAGAGAAGAAAGAGAGGGAAUACAAAAAUGAUUAUGAUGAGGAGGUGGAUGAUGAAGAGGAAGAGAGUCGAAGAAAGGGAUUGGUCAAAGAGUUUGAACUGACAGUGGUUUUGACCAAGUCCAGGAGUGGAAGCUUUGGGUUCACCAUCACUCGCAGCAAACUGGACAACUGCUACUACAUACAGGAGAUACUGGACAACCCAGCCAAGGCAGAUGGAAGACUCAGGGCAGGAGACAGGCUUGUCACUGUGAACGGGCAUGAUGUUACCAGUGUGGCAGAUGAUUAUGCCAUGACGAUCCUCAGGUCAUCUCCGCGAAGACUGAGUAUGACCCUGGGGAGGGCGGUGACCAACCUGGUGGCCCCGCCACCCUGCGACAACCUGCCAGACAUUGUCCUGUACAAGACACCUUCUGGACAGCUAGGUAUAAAACUGACAGGGGGCAUUGGCAGCAAAUGGCAGGGCAUCUACUGCCUGGAGGUGGUGCCAGGCUCCCCAGCCAGUGAGGAGGGGAGCGUCCAACCCAAUGACAAAAUCCUCUACAUCUGUGGCAGGUGCACGCUGGGUAUGACCCUAGAGGAUGCAGUCAAAGCAUGCGAGAUCGCGCCUCGUAAGGUUAAACUUAAAAUCAUCAGAGAAGACCAGCCGUUGACCCCAAAGGCUAAGUGGAACGGCCUGUUUGACUGGAAAAAGGACAGGAAAUCCUAUGCUCGUUUUGAAGAACCCGUCUCUCCAGAGAAAGACUCCCCUACUGAAGAGCCUGAAGCUGUGUGCAGGACUGCUGCUAAAUUCCGAUGUGUCUCCCUCAGCCAAGAACAAGACAGUUGCAUCAUGCAAGUAGAGUUCACAAAACCAGAAGGAGGAGGUCUGGGCUUUGCUUUGGUCGGAGGGACUAACGGCAGCAUGCUCAGAGUGAGGGAAAUCUGCUCGGGUGGAGUAGCUGAGCAGGACGGCCGGCUGAGAGUGGGAGAUAUUUUAUUAGAGGUGAACAGUGUGAUUGUUUCGGGCCUGAGCCACAGUAAGGUGGUGGACAUCCUCCGUAAAGCUGAGGGCACUGUGCAGCUCACCAUCUGCAGAGACAUCCUACCACUGACCUACUCAGAGUCACCCCCACCGCCCAACAUGUCCGCUCAGACUGAGGCUAUUUUAGCUGAGCAACCAGCCUCUGACACUCGCUCUUCACCUGACAUCAUGGUGAAUAGGCCGGUGGAGCACCCGCCUGAGGCGACGUCAGACCCUGUUAUCAAAGAAACAACUGUUGUCCUAACGUCACCACCGCCUCCACCGCGCCAACUGACAGUUGUAACAGACGAGGUUGAAAUGAAACUGGAGAGCUGUAACAGCACCCCCUCCCACCAAGCUUGCUGCCCAUCCCUCAAUGUCACUGACAUGUUGCAUGGAGCUUCUGACAGGAAACAAAUUUUGACCAAACUCUUGGACCAGUCCUGCAAAGACAUCCGGAAACUCCAGUCAGACGGCUGGAGCAGCGAAGAAGAAGAUGAUGUUUUUGACGCCAGCCAACAGGAAACAACCUCACCCCAAACAGGCCCACCCAUAGUGUCAGAGGAGGAACUGGCCACUUUAGCUCUCAUCAGCCCAGCGAGGAGCAGUCAGUAUUCAGGGUCAAGAGUCAAAGCUCUUAUCCAGAUUCUGCAGCAUCAAGUGGACCAGCAGGAACUGGUCAAAGAGUUUAUGGCUCUGGAGCAUCUGAAGCCUUCCGACAACUGUUUGGUGGGAAAAGCCCCUGAGAACAGAGAUAAGAACCGCUACAGAGACAUCCUGCCCUACGACAAAACACGUGUUGCCAUUGGAGAGAACCAGGACUACAUCAACGCCAGCUACAUCCGCAUGCAAUUCGGUGACAAGGAGUUCUUCUACAUCUCCUGCCAGGGCCCGCUGCCCUCCACAGUGUCAGCCUUUUGGCAGAUGAUCUGGGAAAACAAAUCAGACGUCAUUGCCAUGAUGACCCAGGAAGUGGAAAGGGGAAGGAUUAAAUGUCACAAGUACUGGCCAGAGAAGCUGGGCGUGCCCCUGGACACCGGCAGGUACCAGCUGCACCUGGAGAACCAACAGUACCUGGAGUACUUCCACAUUAAGGUCAUCCGAAUGGUGGAGACAGAGACCAAUGAGACACAUUUUGUCCAUCACCUGAAGUUAACGCACUGGCCUGACCACGGUGUGCCACACUCCUCUGAACAGCUGGUUCGCUUCAUCCGCUACCUGAGGGCAGUGCAUCAACAGGGGCCAGUGACGGCUCACUGCAGCGCUGGCAUCGGACGCACGGGAGUUCUCAUCUGUACCGACAUUAUCCUCAGUCUCAUUGAGAAUGAUUUACCUAUCAACGUGAGCGACAUCGUAAAGGAGAUGAGACUACAGCGGCAUGGAAUGAUUCAAACCAAGGAACAAUACCUCUUCUGCUACAAAGUCUGGUUGGAGGUUUUACAGGGCAUUUUACAGCUUGACAGCAGCCAAUGGCAGCCGGACAGUCCCCGAGACCACAAAGUGGUCUGAAUGUUUCCACUUUCACCUCACCUGCCUGAGAAGCUCAGGCUGUAUAUGUGUAACCUUGUUCAGUCAAUCACACCACAGACUGGUGGUGGACUUUUCUUUGGCUGUAGUUAGUUUAGUUAGCUAGAAUAUGAAACCUGUACUUCUCUGUUUUGAUACUUUGUGUUGAGGCCUCUUGGUUAGUUACAAUGACUUUUUCUUAUACGUGCUCUCGGUGCUGUGAUUAUGUCAGUUUCAUUUAGAUCACUGGGGUUGUUUUGCCUUUUCAGGCUUAGUGAUUUGCCUUCUGUCUCUAGCAUGUUUUUUUUUUAUUUUUGUGUCACUAUUUGAAUGUAUUAUUUCUUUUUCUUGCAUUUAUUUUAUUAACAGUCAUAUUGCAUGGAACUUUAAAAAAAACAUAAUAUCCACUUCUUUUAUCUUGGCAGUAGUGUCACUAAUGUCAUCAGCGUGCACAACUUUAAAAUUAUCGUACCAACUUCGGUAUCCGUCUGAAACGAAUUGCGUUUGAGUAAGCGAUGUGUUAUCAUUUCAUUAAGUGCAUUUCUAACCCUGGAGAAAAAGGGCAUUAGCAAAAAGAGUGGUAUUGAUUUUUCAGUUCAUCGUGUACGGUAAUGAAAAGAAUCAAGUGCCUUGGAAUGACUCAUUCGGUCGCUCCACGCUGACCAGAAGUCACUUGUCACAAGACAGCGGGGGGACGGAGAGCAGGCGGCCGACGGUGGUUAGACUGAAUGUGCUGUUUUCAGUUUGUGGUUUGCGGUGGAUCGAUCCAAACCAGAGGAGGGCAACAUCUCACUUUUUAGUUACUUUGAAUGAAUGUGAAGUUUGCACAUCGCCUGGCAAUCUUUUUUUUUCUUUGUGGGCCCAUUUUAUACAAAAACAGAAUCACAAUGAAAGUCUUACUACACAUAAUCACAACUUGCACAUCCUAAUACAGAUAAAGAAUGAUUUGACGUGACAAAUGUUUUUAGAUAAAUUCUUUUUUUUGUCUAAAAUGUGGAGGAGGUUUUUUUUGACUGAUUUAAAUGUAAAUUAAAUAAUUCGUUGCUGGGAUGAUUUGUCAUGUGACAUCAUUGUUUAUCUGUAUUCCAUAGCUAUUUUAAUACAAACUCAGCCAAAAAUGCAAAAAAUAUUACAAGGUUUACAAACUUUCCAUUUUGCCACUUUAAGGGCGUCUGAUGUACAAAGCAACAGAGCUGCAUCUCCGAGUCAAGAUGAUUUUUAGCUGCGGUUUGAACCUCAACCUUUGGAUGUAAAUGCUUGUAAGCUUUAUUCUUUUAGCUGCUAUCACACGAACACACACAGACACACACACCAGCUCCUGCAUUGCAUGUAGACUCUUUAAAUAGAGACGUCUGAGCCUGGAGUUUGACUGCUGAAUGAUUUGAACGUGAGCAAAAUUUGGAAUGUAACGAAGCAAUACUCUCCACGAGACGAGGAGAGGAGAUGCAAAUGUCAACCCCUUUCCCUGUAACAUCUUCCAGACUGUUCGGAGCAUGUUGGUGAGACAUAUGCAGUACCUUUGCC